UUGGGCAAGGCGGGGUGACUGACGCUUUACCCAUCCAAUAGUAGAGAGAGCAGCAUCCCGUGGGCGGGACUUCCGGCCCGGGGUUGUUAUGGCGGUACUCUGAAGGUCUUCUCUGCUCUGGCGGAUGGAUGUAUGAACGGACGGUGGGCCCAGCCAUGUUCCCCGAGUUAAUGAUUCUCCCGGAGGAGGGAGAGCGCCAGCAAAGGCCACACUCAGCAGAAACCUUGGCAAGCGGCUGCCACUCACCAGCCGCCGGACAGCUGCAGCCACCGCUGGGCCCCUGGGUGUAGCCCCAAGUGCCAGCCCUUCUCUCGCAUUUGCUCCUGGGAACCGAGUCUCUCCCAAGGCAGACGCAGCGCCCCGUCCUCCGCAGAGAGACCCAGCUCCGGAGCCACGAUGGCGGGAAAGGGCUACGGCUAUUACCGGCUGGUGAUCUUCACCGCCAUGUACGUCGGGUACACCUUGUACUACUUCAACCGGAAAACCUUCUCCUUCGUCAUGCCUUCGGUCAUGGAAGAGAUCGAGCUGGACAAGGACGACUUGGGGCUAAUCACCAGCAGCCAGUCGGCCGCCUACGCCAUCAGCAAGUUCAUCAGCGGGGUCCUCUCCGACCAGAUGAGCGCCCGCUGGCUCUUCUCCUCCGGCCUCCUCUUGGUGGGCCUGGUCAACGUGGUCUUCUCCUGGAGCUCGACCGUGGCGCUCUUUGCGGGGCUGUGGUUCCUCAACGGCCUGGCCCAGGGCCUGGGGUGGCCCCCCUGCGGAAAGGUCCUGCGCAAGUGGUUUGAGCCCUCCCAGUUUGGGACCUGGUGGGCCGUCCUCUCCACCAGCAUGAACCUGGCCGGGGGGCUGGGCCCGCUUGUGGCGGCCCUGAUGGCGCUGCGCUACGACUGGCGCACCACCCUGGCCCUCUCGGGCGCGCUCUGCGUGGUCGCCUCCGCCGUCUGCCUGCUCCUGAUCAAGAACGAGCCCUCGGACGUGGGGCUGCCCAACAUUGAGCCCGGCCCCAAGAAGGGCAAGAAGGGUGCCUCCGCGGGCGACAGCACCCUGGCGGAGCUGCUGCUCUCCCCGUACCUCUGGGUCCUCUCAACCGGCUACCUGGUGGUCUUUGGCGUCAAGACCUGCUGCACAGACUGGGGCCAGCUCUUCCUCAUCCAGGAGAGAGGGCAGUCGGCGCUUGUGGGAAGUUCCUACAUGAGUGCUUUGGAAGUCGGGGGCCUGGUUGGAAGCAUUGCAGCAGGCUACCUCUCAGACCGGGCCGUGGCACGCGUGGGCCUGUCCGUCUACGGAAACCCCCGGCACGCCCUCCUGCUCGUCAUGAUGGCAGGCAUGUCGGCCUCGAUGUACCUCUUCCGGGUCACUGUCACAGGCAGCUCUCCCAAGGACAGCAGCGACCCUUGGAUUGUAGCCCUCCACCCUCUUGCUAACCUUGUGGGCUUAACAGAACACGAGGUCUGGAUCCUGCUCUUAGGAGCCGUCUUUGGGUUUUGCUCUUACGGACCAAUCGCACUGUUUGGAGUCAUCGCCAACGAAAGCGCGCCCUCGAACCUGUGUGGGACCUCUCACGCCAUUGUCGCCCUGAUGGCAAAUGUCGGGGGCUUCCUGGCGGGGCUGCCUUUCAGCACCAUUGCCAAGCACUACAGCUGGGGCACGGCCUUCUGGGUGGCGGAGGUGACCUGCACGGCCAGCACCCUGGCCUUCUUCCUCCUGAGGAACAUCCGCACCAAGAUGGGCCGCCUCCCGAAGAAGGCCGACUGAAGCGCGGCCACGGCCGUCAUCGCUUUCCUGCUGCAGUCGUGGGACUUUAGAAGCAUCCUGACGCCAGAGGCAGGGCUAGCCACGAAUACUGCAACACCGCUUUCAUCCUCUGGCCAGAUGUCCAUUUCCUGCUUCUAAAACAACGUACCGAGCCAAUCAUGUUUUGGACUUAACGGCUAGGCCACAAAGUGGUUUUCUCCCUUGUCCUGAGCUGCCACGUCCGGAGAGAGGCCACUCAAGAGCCCUUUUGUCGCUCUCGUCUGGAAUGCAGCACCAGAGCCUCCUCACCAGCAAAGCGUCAAGACGCUUCCCUCCUUGUGUUCCAAGUUGCUGCCACUGAGCCGUAUUUGAAUUCACGUUAACCACAGAAGAGAGAAACGUGGUGUCCUGUGACUCUCCGGUUGUAGCUAUGAGGAUGUGGGACAGGCUUAUACAGUCAGAAAUGAAGCCACGCCGACGAUUUCACCAGAAGUAUCACUGCCUCCCUUUAAUCACCCUCCUAGGAGACACCCUAGACCAGGACUCUAAAACCUGUGGCCUUCCAUGUGUUUUGGACUUCAGUUCCCAGAAUUCCUGACCAUUUAACAAGCUGGAAAGAGAGGCUUCUGGGGGUUGGAGGCCUAAACACUUGGAGGGCCGUAGGUUGAAGACAAUCAUGCAGCUAUGAACGCCCAGACUGGCAAAAUAUUUGAAUAAGGUUUCAAACUGUGAUGAUUGUAAUGGGACUGAAAUAAAGGACGAUGCCAUAAA